CGACUCGAGCACAAGCACAACCACAAGCCCGUCUUUUCGAACUGUUCGAAUUACGCGCCCACCAUCAAGGAGGAGGAGCUCGCCGGCACCGAGGUCAUCAGGGUGCACGCCGUGGAGCAGGACGCGUACCAGGAUCAGCCGCAGUAUGGCUUCAAGCUGGACGAGAACUCGGGCAUGAUAACGCUCCUCUCCGGCACGAAAAAUGGCACCUUCGUGCUCAAGUUCACCGUUACCGAAGAAAGUAUCAAUACCCUGCGACACACCGCCCACGCUAUAGUCAACGUGACGGUCAAAGAAAUUCCGGAGGAGGCCGUGCAAAAGUCGGGCUCCAUUCGCUUCUUCGGCAUUAACGCUGAGGAGUUCGUGAUAACGGAAAGCAAGGAAUCCAGUAAAAAGGACAUAUUCCAAGAAAGAGUUGCCAAGAUGUUCAAUGUUUCCGUGGAGAACGUAGACGUGUUUACGGUCCUCCAUUCGCCUUAUCAAAACAAGUCGGUGCUGGAUGUGCGCUUUUCGGCUCACGGUAGUCCUUACUACGCCUCGGAAAAACUCAACACUAUCGUCGCCUCACACGUCACCGAGAUAGAAAGCGAGAUGGGCGCCAAUGUACUCCUUGUCAAUAUCGACGAGUGUCUUGUAGAGAAGGUACACUGCAACACCUCGUGCAGGAGCUUCCUCAACAUCAGUUCAAUGCCAGAAGUCGUCUAUACGAACAAGACCUCGUUUGUUGGCGUCAGCGCUGUAGUGAUGCCUCAGUGCACUUGUCACGUAGCCGAGCCGAUCGCGUGUCUCAACGGAGGAGUAGUCGAAGACGCAGUGUGCAAGUGCCCGACGGGGUUAGAAGGCCCGCGCUGUGAACAACUGGCCAUUGGCUUCUACGGCGACGGAUAUGCCAUAAUGCCAUCGACAGGCCAGACAUGUGACGAAUCUUACUUGGGUUUGGAAAUAACUUCUCACGCCAAGGACGGGCUCAUAUUUUAUCUUGGUCCAAUGUAUUAUCCAAGUACCCCAGCCGUGCGAUAUCAAGAUUUUAUGUCGCUUGAACUACAAAACGGAAAUCCUGUCUUGUACAUGGAUUAUGGUCAAGGUACUGUUAUGCUGGAUAAGUCGGAAUCAAGCAAAGACGGCGAAAACAAGGAAGAAAAGCUAUCCCUGGCCGAUGGAAAGCCUCACAGAAUAGAUAUUUUCUGGUCAAAGACUGCCAUAGAAAUGCAAGUUGACAAUUGCAAAUUAUCAAGUUGCUUGAGAUUAAAAGCGCCCAUGGGUUCGAGUGAAUUCCUUAAUGUUAAUGGCCAACUGCAAAUAGGGGGUGCAGUCACCAAUUUAAUAAAAUUAGGAGAUAGUUUUAAUUGGCAACACGUACCAACUGAAAAGCGAUUCACGGGUUGCAUUAGGAACCUUACAAUCAAUGGAAACACUUACGAUUUCGCAAUGCCGUCUUUAUCGUUGAACGUGGAUCAAGGUUGUAGCAAUGGUAUAGCUAAAGCUGUGACUUUUAGCAUGGACACGAGCUUCCUGUUGGUCAUUGCUUUGUGCAUUGUCAUUUUGUUGAUUCUCUUGCUGGCCGUUGUAGUAUACUCGCGUCAAACGGACGAUCUUUACAAAGACAUGGAUGAUAUUAGAGAGAACAUUAUUAAUUACGAGGAUGAGGGUGGUGGCGAGGUCGAUACUGGCUACGAUCUCACUGUCCUACGAGGCAUGUACGACCAGCCUAACGACAUGAAAAUCACCGCUGCCAGUCUUCAAGGCAAAGAGGCAGACGAGGUGCCCGAUAUUUGUGGAUUCCUCGACGGCAAAAAGGAGAGUUGCGACAAGGAUCCUGAUACCAAUCCCUUUGACGAUGUGCGCCAUUAUGCUUACGAAGGCGAGGGAAACUCGGACGGCUCGCUUUCCUCUUUGGCAUCUUGCACGGACGACGGUGAUCUAAAAUUCAACUAUUUGUCAAACUUUGGGCCUCGCUUCCGCAAGCUCGCCGACAUGUACGGAGAAGAGCCGAGCGAGGACGAGAGCGAAGGUGCCGGCGACCGCGAGAGCGAGAGCUGGUGUUGAGGUGAAAAUGUGCGCGCGUAUACGUUUUCCCGUGUUCACAAACAAUACGAUGAUGAAAACGACUUAUUUUCAAUCAUCGAAAUGAAACAGUGAAAAGGACGCUAGCGCGAACAUUACGACAUUUACGUACUUAAGAGAAAGGAUAAGGAUCGCAAAAAGUAUCAAAAGCAAUGUUUAUGCAGUGCGAGACGCAUAUUACUGGAGAUGUAAACGCCAAAGAAAUCAUACUUGGGCGACUGUAGUAAUUUCCAAAAAUGCCUGCGACUAUCGAGUAUCCUCUUUCUUUCUCUAGACAACGCUUAUUCCUCAUUUCUUCCAAACACCCUGUCUGGUUUGACUACCAACUCGUGUACUUUCUGACGUAAUAUAGCAUUAAUUCAAGUUUUCCGGUUGUUUCUCGUUAUUAUUUCAAGUAGAAAAUUUUCUUUGAUGGCUUGAUUGUAUGGUGUAAACAAAGUUUUCACCAACAAUGAAUAUUGUAUUUGUCGCAGUACUUAUCUGCCGAAUUUUUUUUUCUUUAUCAAGAAAUUAUAUAGGAGAAAAAUAUGUAACUACAUAAUGCUGGUGAAAUUAAUAUUUUUAUAGUGAUAACUAUUUUUCGACUUGAGACCUUGUGCAACUUGUUGCCUUUGACUUUUUUUUUAACACAUAAAAUAUAUUUUAAUGAAUAAUAAAUGAUUAAAACAGAUGCCUACGUUACUCGAGUUUGAGCGAAUAACUUUAUAGGAAUUAAGUAAUUAAGUUAAGUAAAAUUAUUUUGUUAAAAUGCAAAAUUUUCGAUCCAGCUGCCCGUGACAUGGUAUCUAUUACAGGGUAAAUGUGUAAAAAUACAAGGUAAGCGUUAUUCAAUCGAUGAAUUGUGGUUGGCUUAAGUAUGACCUAUCUAAGUUUAGUAAAUGUGCAUUUAAGCGAGUUCGAGAGUACAGACAUUUAAUUUUUGUUUUUGUAAAAACGAUAAAAGACGUGCUUUGGAUCAGUGGUUUUUAUUGGUGAAUAGAAAUCGGGCCUAAGAAAUUAAAACCAAACCAUGGUGCUGUUAUCCAAUGGUAUCCUUAAAUGGAAAGUAUAGCUUUUUGUUCUAUAAACCAUUAAAAGUUAGAUCACAAAAACUUUAUUUGUUAGUUUUGAUUAUUUGAGUAAAUUGAUGCAAUUUCAAGAUUAAAAAUCCAUUGCCCUAGCGCGUCUUUAUAGUUUUUCAUUUAAUUUGAUGUAUAAAAUAUAGAUUAUUAAUAAUAAUAAUAAUAAUAAUAAUAAUCCAACAGUAAUUAGCUGAUAUAG